AUGCCAUAUAAAUGCUGUGUUGAUGGAUGCCGUUGCAAGGACGGGGUUGUUGGUUCAACUACGAAAUUAUUUAGGUUUGAUAUUUCAUUGUUACCAGAACAGUACAAUAAAUUAGAUUUUAAUAGCAUCACUGAAAAUAUAUUAUACUACAUAUGUGGAUAUAUUGUUAAAAAACUAAUCCCAACUUUAAAAUGUGAUGGUUGUAUUGAAGCCAUUAUAGAACCAUUAAUUGAAAAUGAUCACAUUUAUCAAAAUAAUGCCACACCAAAAAAUUUUACAAUUAUGAAAAACAGAGGUGGUUUGAAGUAUGCUUCUGAUGGGGUGUACAAAAUUGUUAAAUUGUCAGAAACAUUAUUUAAAACCAUUAUGGUGGAC